UUGCUUUUGUUAAAGUAUACAUCGUCCAUGGCUGUUUCUUUGCAAGUCUUGCUGCUGGUCGGCUAGCUAAGGAGAAGCUGAAGAAGAUAGUGAGAUGAAGGACAGUCGUAUAAAGUUGUUUGAUAUGGAAAAUUAUCUGAAGGAGAACUUCAAUAUUCCGGCGAAGCAUGCUUCCGAUGAGGAUUUGAAGAGAUGGAGGUCUAAAGUAGGGAUCGUUAAGAAUCCACGCAGGAGGUUUCGCGGCCUUCGCAAUCUUCAAGAGAGAUCUCAAGCAAGAGAAAAACAGCUUCGAAAUAUUGAGGACAAUAUAAAAAAUGUCUUUUACAAUCAAGAUGUGGCACUGUCUUUUACGAAUGAUAACUGGGUAUAUACACCUCCAAGGGAAGUGGUACAAGCUGGCUUUGGGAUUGACAGUGUCAUACUUUCGUCUAUGGUUUCUGCAGGAAAGAUACAGGUCUUGCAGGAACUUGGUGGCAUUGAAGGGGUUGCCAGGUUCCUUUCUGUCUCACUUGAUAGGGGUAUCAGCACUUUGGAAAGACCUCCCAUCUCUGUCAGGCAAAAAAUUUUUGGAUCUAACCUGAAUAAGGAGAAGCCACCUAGAAGUUUUUGGAAAUUUUCUUGGGAAGUGCUGCAGGAUAGAACUCUUAUACUUCUCUUGUUCUGUGCUGUUGCAUCUAUGCUUCUUGGUGUUUCUUCUGAAGGUUGGCCAAAUGGCAUGCAUGAAGGAUGGGGUAUUAUAUUCUGCACAAUUUUGGUCAUACUGAUUACAUCAAUAACUAAUUAUAGACAACACUUGGUCUUCCGUAGAUUAGUUGAAGAAAAGAAAAAGAUUUCUGUUUUGGUCACCAGAGAUGGUCGAAAACAAAAGCUGUCUAUCUAUGAUUUGGUGGUUGGAGAUGUUGUUCAUUUGUCAGUUGGUGAUCAAGUUCCUGCUGAUGGUAUUUAUAUAUCAGGUAACAGCUUAUUGAUUGAUGCAUCAUGCUUGUCAGGUGAGAGUUGCCCCGUUGAUAAACAUGAAGGGAAACCAUUCCUUCUAUCUGGGACCAAAGUACUAGACGGAUCUUGCAAGAUGCUGGUGGCAUCCGUUGGUAAACAAACUAUAUUGGGAAGGUUGAUGGAAACUCUUAAUGAAUGGGGAGAAGAUGAGACGCCUUUACAGGUCAAGUUGAAUUCUGUUGCUAGAGUUGUUGGGAAUAUAGGUUUGUUUUUUUCUUUGCUGGUUUUUCUGGUUCUCACACAAAGGUUUUUGCUGGAGAAGGCAUCUCAUAAUGUGUUAAUGGAUUGGUCCUCUAAGGAUGCGUCUAAGUUGCUGAACUACGUUGUGAUUGCUGUUAGCAUAUUCAUGGGUGCAUUUCCAAAGGGCCUACCAUUGGCAGUGAUACUGAGUCGACUGUUUGCAAUGAGAAGAUUAAAGAAUAGAAGUGCUUUAGUGAGGCAUCCUUCUGCAUGUGAGAUAAUGGGUUCUGUUUCUUGUAUUUGCACGGAUAAGACGGGAACAUUGACAACCAGCAAUAUGACAGUGGAUAAGCUGUGGAUUUGUGAUAGAUUGAUUGAAGGCGUAGAGACAAGUGCUUUGAGAUCAGCCGUCUAUAGGAGAGUUCUUGAUGUUCUUUUGCAGAUUAUUUUUAAGAACACUUCUGCAGAAGUGGUAGAAAUAGAUGAUGGGAAGACAAUCCUAGGUUCUCCAAUUGAGUCAGCAUUACUAGAAUAUGGUUUGCUUUUAGACUCCGAUUUUAAUGCCCAAUUAUCUGAGAGUAAUAUUGUGAAGGUAGUGCCAUUCCAUCCUAUGAGGAAAAAAAUGUCUGUAGUUGUAGCUCUCCCAGCUGGCAAUUUGCUAGUGCUCACUAAAGGGGCACCAGAAGUCAUACUAGAUUUGUGUGAAAAAGUCUUUGAUUGCAAUGGAGAACCCAUUCCCCUUGCAGAAGCAAAGAGGCAGGUUAUAAUGGAUAUUGUAAUUGCUUUAUCACGUGAAGGUCUGAGCACUUUGUGCUUUGCUUCUAAAGAGAUUCCUGGAACUUCAGAUGAAAAGGAACUACCAACCAAUGGCUACACUCUAGUGGCUGUGGUGGGAAUUAAAAAUCCAGUCCGACAAGGGGUCAAGAGGGCGUUUCAAGCUUGCUUGGAUGCAGGCAUAUCAAUAUGUGUUAUUACAGGUGACAAUAUGAAUACAGCUGAAGCUGUAGCUAAAGAAUGUGGCAUACUAACAGAUGAUGGUCUUGCUAUAGAAGGUUCUGACUUUCGCAAUAAACGCAUUGAGGAGAAAUCACUGCCAAAAGUCCAGGUGAUUGCACGUUCCUUCCCUUCUGACAAGUAUGCUUUUGUGAGUUUGUUGAGACGCAAGUUUGGGGAAGUUAUUGCAGUGACAGGUGAUGGGACCAAUGAUGCUCCAGCUCUUCGUGAAGCUGACAUUGGACUUGUUAUGGGUAUCACUGGGACUGAGGUUGCCAAGGAGAGUGCUGAUGUAAUUAUGAAGGAUGACGACUUCACAAGCAUUGUGGAUCUCAUCAAAACUGGCCGAGCAGUUUAUCUAAACAUCCAAAAAGCCAUACAAUUCCUGUUAACAAUCAAUAUAGUUGUGCUUAUGCUCAGUUCUUUUUCUGCAAUUAUUUCAUGGUCUGCUUUUAUCACACCUUUCCAGCUACUUUGGGUGGAUAUGGUAGUUGGAAUUCUUGGAUCAUUACUUUUAGCUGCAAAUCCACCUAGUGAUUCUAUAAUGCAGAGGGUGCCUUUUAGAAAGGAUAUGGAUCUCAUCACCCCUACUAUGUGGAUAAACACAAUUGGUCAAAGUAUUCAUCAAAUGGUUGUUCUAUUAAUCUUUAAAAUAAAUGGGAGAAGCCUAUUGAAUCUUACGGGUACAAAAGCUGAUUCUGUCCUGGAUACAUUUAUAUUCAAUACAUUUGUGUUUUUCCAGGUAUUCAAUGCAAUAAAUAAUCAUGAGGUGCAAAAGCUGAAUGUCUUUCGUGGUCUGUUCAAUUGGCAUUUCUUUGCUGUCAUGGCGUUUAUAGUUGUUUCCCAGGUCAUAAUAGUUGAAUUAUGGGGUUCAUUCUCAAACACUGUACCUCUCUGCUGGGAGUUAUGGGUGAUCAGUGCAUUGCUUGCAUCUACAAGCAUGAUUCUUGCUGCAAUGUUGAAGUUGAUCAAGCACAAUCAUUUUAUGAUGAUCACCAAAUUUUAUAGUCAGGCAUUUCGCUAUAAGCGUACUUCUAGAUGCAAUAUCAAAGUUGACUGACCUGACCAUUUUGACAAGAAUGCUUGCCCAACUUAUGGUCUCUUAGAUUAUUGGAAAUGCUGAAGCGUAAUAACUACGAACUAGCUCUUACAAAAUCUCUCUGCUGCUCUCUUGUUAGCUUAUGAAGGAUGUGGUUGUUGCCAGCCUCCCAUUUUGGCAUGGAUCAGGUCUGUUGAUCUAAUUCAGUGAGUAUUCUCCUAAAUUUACUCCUUUUUAGUUCAUUUAUUUAGUAGAAUCAAUUCUUUAAAGCUGCAAGAACAACUUUGAGAGAUUCAAACCGGCAUUCUGUCAGUGCAGAAACAUUUAUUGUGUGUUCUUUUUUCUUUUGUAUAUUUUGUAUAUAUUCAAGUGAGGGUUUUUGUCAGAGUAAGAAUAGCUAUGUGUGUCUUGCUAGGAUUUUGCUUUCUAUUCUAGAGUUUGAGGUUGUGGCUGCAGCUGCUCUUUCAGUGUAUAAAUGUGGUUGUAUGGUAAUCUUGAUUCAUUUGCAGAGAGACUAAUGUUCAUUUUUUGUAUGUAA